UUAAGGUCACUAACAGCUAAUAGCGCGCUAUUAGCGAAAAAGCCUAUUCAGAACCGCUUUUAAGCCUCUAACAGCGCGCUAUUAGGCGCCAUCUUGUGACUAACAGCGACCUGUUCGUAGAUGUGGGCAGGGGCAUGUUUAAAGUGACAGGUCGCUCAAAUAUGGCGGAACAAAUAGAGGCUAUUGCCGAAGUGGACGAAGUCCGCGAAGUUAAUUAAAUGAGAGUAAGAAAUCCGCAAGUUUUUCGAGAGAGACGUGAUCCGUUUGAAUUGUUUAGUGAUCGUGAAUUUCGAAACAGAUAUCGCUUAUCGAAAGAUAGUUGUACGAUUUGUGAUCAGUCUAGUGGAAGAUAGGUUAGUGUCUCAUGCCGGUCACCACACCGACAUAUCCCCAGCAAUGCAGGUGCUUGUAACCCUGCGGUUCUAUGCUAAGGGAUGCUACCAGACAGAAUUAGGAGAUCUGCAUGGCGUUUCCCAGCCUAGUGUAUCCAGAAUAGUUGCAAAAGUAUCUAAUGCUAUUGCUGCACUGCUUCCACGAUUUGUUGUUUAUCCAGCUAGAAUGGAAGCUCUUAAAACGAAGUUCUACAACAUAGACCACUUUCCUGGGGUUGUGGGCUGUAUUGAUU